AUGUCGGCACUAAAGUUCGUCCGCCUGGUGUGGGAAUCCUUUAGAGCAACUUCGGGGGUUGAGCCACGGUUGAUAGACGGCAUGCGGAUAACAGCAGCGGAACCUGGCAAAGUCAACUUUGAGCUUCCUAUCGAGAAGCAGCAUACGAACCGGUUAGGUAUAUUGCACGGCGCUACACUUGCCACCAUGGUUGAUACCAGUGGUUCGCUCGCUCUGGCAUCUCGUGGUCUAUAUUCGACAGGAGUUUCGACAGACCUCAGCGUAACCUACCUCAACGCCGGCGGAAAGAUUGGUGAUUUGGUCAAAGGCGAAGUCAUCUGUGAUAAGUUCGGCAAAACACUUGCAUACACGUCGGUCAAAUUCAUGAACAAAAACAACGAGAUCGUGGCUCGAGGGAGCCACACCAAAUUUGUCGCUCUUGCCUGGAAAGACGAGAAGAACAUCACGGAUCAAUUGAAGCCUGAAGUCAACGAAUCCCAAGCUAGUGAAGUCACACGGACCAGUUUCUAG